CUCCCGCCCCCCCCACCCCGCUGCCCGCUUCGACUACCGCGGAGAUUGCCGGGGAGAGCCGUUUGGGGAGCCCCGGAACCCGCGGUCGCCACCGCGGCGGCGGCCCCGGGCUGGCGGCGUCCGGGCGCUUCUUUCCUCCCGCCGCUCGGACCGCACAGCUCGCCGCCUUCUUGCCCUGCCUGGGCUCCGGAAACCCAAUGCACACCCCAAAGAGGUAUUUUUAUAGGGGCGGCUAUGAUGAGUGGGCCCUGGAGAUGUGAAACGGGUGUUCUUUAGGUUCCCACCCUGGCAUUUCCAGCGACGGUUUAAAAUAGCCCAAGUAUUGUGACUCCUUGCUUUUCUGUGAAAAUGGGAGACCUUCACGGUGAACUGUUAACUGAGGAGGUUCUGAAAGAAAGGCAGACGGGUUUGCUAUAGGAGGUAAAAUGCACACUUGCUGCCCCCCAAUAACUUUGGAACAGGACCUUCACAGAAAAAUGCAUAGCUGGAUGCUGCAGAGUCUAGCGUUUGCUCUAACAUCUCUCGUCCUUUCGUGUGCAGAAACCAUCGAUUAUUAUGGGGAAAUCUGUGACAAUGCAUGUCCUUGUGAGGAAAAGGACGGCAUUUUAACUGUGAGCUGUGAAAACCGGGGGAUCAUCAGCCUCUCUGAAAUUAGCCCUCCCCGUUUCCCAGUCUACCACCUCCUGUUGUCUGGAAACCUUUUGAACCGUCUCUAUCCCAAUGAGUUUGUCAAUUACACCGGGGCUUCAAUUUUGCAUCUGGGUAGCAACGUUAUCCAGGACAUUGAGACUGGGGCUUUCCACGGGCUGCGGGGUUUAAGGAGAUUGCAUCUGAACAAUAAUAAACUGGAACUUCUGCGAGAUGAUACCUUCCUCGGCCUGGAGAGCCUGGAGUACCUACAGGUCGAUUACAAUUACAUCAGUGUCAUUGAACCCAAUGCUUUUGGGAAACUGCAUUUAUUGCAGGUGCUUAUCCUCAAUGACAAUCUCUUGUCCAGUUUACCCAACAACCUCUUCCGUUUUGUGCCCUUAACGCACUUGGACCUGCGGGGGAACCGGCUGAAACUUCUGCCCUAUGUGGGGCUGUUGCAGCACAUGGAUAAAGUUGUGGAGUUACAGCUGGAAGAAAACCCCUGGAAUUGCUCCUGCGAGCUGAUCUCUCUCAAGGAUUGGUUGGACAGUAUCUCCUACUCAGCCCUGGUGGGGGAUGUGGUUUGUGAGACCCCCUUCCGCUUACACGGCCGGGAUUUGGACGAGGUGUCCAAGCAGGAACUUUGCCCAAGGAAACUUAUUUCAGAUUAUGAGAUGAGGCCACAGACGCCUUUGAGCACCACGGGGUAUCUACACACUACCCCAGCCUCGGUGAAUUCCGUGGCCACUUCUUCCUCUGCUGUUUACAAACCCCCCUUAAAGCCCCCUAAGGGGACUCGCCAACCCAACAAGCCCAGAGUGCGCCCCACCUCUCGGCAGCCCUCCAAGGACUUGGGCUACAGCAACUAUGGCCCCAGCAUCGCCUACCAGACCAAAUCUCCGGUGCCUUUGGAGUGUCCCACCGCGUGCACUUGCAACCUACAAAUCUCCGAUCUGGGCCUCAACGUCAACUGCCAGGAGCGCAAAAUCGAGAGCAUCGCGGAGCUGCAGCCCAAGCCCUACAACCCCAAGAAGAUGUAUCUGACGGAGAACUACAUUGCGGUUGUGCGCAGGAGCGACUUCCUGGAGGCUACGGGGCUGGACCUCCUACACCUGGGCAACAACCGAAUCUCCAUGAUCCAGGACCGCGCUUUCGGCGAUCUCACCAACCUGAGGCGCCUCUACCUAAAUGGCAACAGGAUUGAGAGGCUGAGCCCGGAGUUGUUCUAUGGCCUGCAAAGCCUGCAGUAUCUCUUCCUCCAGUACAAUCUCAUACGUGAGAUUCAGUCUGGGACUUUCGACCCGGUCCCAAACCUCCAGCUGCUAUUUCUGAAUAACAACCUCCUGCAGGCCAUGCCCUCAGGCGUCUUCUCAGGCCUGACCCUUCUCAGGCUGAACCUAAGGAGUAACCAUUUCACCUCCUUGCCCGUGAGUGGAGUUCUGGACCAGCUCAAGUCACUCAUCCAAAUCGACCUGCAUGACAACCCUUGGGAUUGUACCUGCGACGUGGUGGGCAUGAAGCUGUGGGUCGAACAGCUCAAAGUGGGUGUCUUGGUGGAUGAGGUCAUCUGCAAGGCGCCCAAGAAGUUUGCGGAGACCGAUAUGCGCUCCAUUAAGUCGGAGCUGCUGUGUCCAGACUACUCUGACGUGGUGGUUUCCACGCCCACGCCCUCUUCCAUCCAGGUUCCGGCGAGGACCAGCGCGGUGACCCCCGCGGUCCGGUCGAACAGCACCGGGGCCCCCGCGGGCUUGGGCGCGGGGGGAGGUGCGUCGUCGGUGCCCCUGUCGGUGUUGAUUCUCAGCCUGCUGCUGGUUUUUAUCAUGUCCGUCUUCGUGGCCGCCGGGCUCUUCGUGCUGGUUAUGAAGCGCAGGAAGAAGAACCAGAGCGACCACACCAGCACCAACAACUCCGACGUGAGCUCCUUCAACAUGCAGUACAGCGUAUACGGCGGCGGCGGCGGCGCGGGAGGCCACCCGCACGCGCACGUGCACCACCGUGGGCCCGCGCUGCCCAAGGUGAAGACGCCCGCGGGCCACGUGUACGAGUACAUCCCCCAUCCACUGGGCCACAUGUGCAAAAACCCCAUCUACCGCUCCCGAGAGGGCAACUCCGUGGAGGAUUACAAAGACCUGCACGAGCUCAAGGUCACCUACAGCAGCAACCACCACCUGCAGCAGCAGCCGCCGCCGCCGCCGCCGCCGCCGCAGCCGCAGCAGCAGCCCCCGCCGCCUCUGCAGCUGCAGCCGGGGGAGGAGGAGAGGCGGGAAAGCCACCACUUGCGGAGUCCCGCCUAUAGCGUCAGCACCAUCGAGCCCCGGGAGGACCUACUGUCGCCGGUGCAGGACGCCGACCGCUUUUACAGGGGCAUUUUAGAACCAGACAAACACUGCUCCACCACCCCCGCCGGCAACAGCCUCCCGGAAUAUCCCAAAUUCCCGUGCAGCCCCGCUGCUUACACUUUCUCCCCAAACUAUGACCUGAGACGCCCCCAUCAGUAUUUGCACCCGGGGGCAGGGGACAGCAGGCUGCGGGAACCGGUGCUCUACAGCCCUCCCAGUGCUGUCUUUGUAGAACCCAACCGGAACGAGUAUCUGGAGUUAAAAGCAAAACUAAACGUUGAGCCGGACUACCUCGAAGUGCUGGAAAAACAGACCACAUUUAGCCAGUUCUAAAAGCAGAGAAACUCCCUGGGAGCUUUUGCAUUUAAAACAAACAAGCAAGCCGACACACGCGGUGAACGCAUUUGAUUAAUUGUGUUGUUUCAACGUUUAGGGUGAAGUGCCUUGGCACGAGAUUCUCAGCUUGGGCGGAAGAUACUGAAAGGGUGUGCACUUUCCUUUUACUUUUUACACGUGGGGGAAACAUUUGUGUAAACUGGGCACAUCGAUUUCUCUUCUCUUCUCUUCUUGUGGGGGAGGGGAGCAGAAGGGUUUACAGAGGGCCGUUUGCUGCGCAAGUGACUUGCUAACGGUCGCAGUUGUUCUUGUGGUGUUUGGAAGUGCCAUUAAGAACGGUGGAAGAUGGCAGCGCAGAGAUUCUACUCUUCCUCUUUUGUUCCCUUUCCCUCCUCUUCUUCCCCGCGCCCCUUUAAGCCAUGGGUGGGUCUAAAUGGCUUUUGUGGAGAGAUUAGCACACCCCAACUUUAGUAGAAAGUUUGUUCUCUCUCUGUCCUUCCCCCUCCCCCUCCUCUCUCUUUCUCUGCCUCCCUGCCUUCCUCCCUCCUAUCUCAUUACUUUUCCUUUCUUUUUAAAGGAUGUGUUUGUAUGCAUUCUGGACAUUUGAAUUAAAAAACAAAAGUAUUGUGAUCUGGAAAAUGAUCACCAUAGAUGUGGACGAAUCAUUAAAAUUACAGAGCUAUAUGAUCCAUAAUUGAUUAGUCAAAAUAACUUAUUGAUGAAAUAUACAAAUAUUUUAUUGUAGCACCUAUUUUUAUAUACACAUUUAGCAUUUCUCUUUCCUUCACUAUUUAGCCUAUGAUUUUCACAGAGGUGUUGCACUAUAUUAGGACCUGCAUUUCCAAAACAGGAGUGAUAUCAGGAAGACAUUUUAAGUCACUAAAAAUGUGGAGAACUUAAUGGGAAAAUCGUAAAGCCAAUGCAACCCACCCGAUUGGAUCUGUCAUUUAAAAAAAGAAAAAAAUAAUAACGGAUUGUAUCCCAAUGGGUAAAGGAAAAAAAUUAGGGCAAUUAAUUGGGCCAUUUGAGUAAGAAUCGUGUGCAAGUUUCUGGUUUUAUUAGAGAAGAUUUAAAAGUAUUUUUAUUAGUCAACCAAAAUGAUGUAUUGAUUUGACUACUAUUGUAGCCGAUUUUUGAUUGUUUAACCAAACCCAGUUGCAUUUGUACAGAUCCACAUGUACUGGCACCUCAGAAGACCAAAUGAUGGACUGUACAAAUCUCUAUACGAUGUCUUUAUCCCUCUGGGCAGCAAGCAAUGAUGAUGACCACAAACAGGAUCUCUGUAAGAUGGGGCUACUGUUGUUACAGUCUCAUAUGUAUCCCAGCACAUGUAAUUUUUUAAAUAGUUUCUGAAUAAACACUUGAUAACUAUGUCAAA